CAAAUUACUUAAGUAGCAAAAACUAACUGAAUGUAAGGAAGUACAAUAACAAUUAACUGAUAUUCAAAGAAAUUCAAAUACUGUAUUUUUUAAGGUCUAACACUUUGCCAAGUGAGUUUUGAAACAAGUUCAAAGUCGGCAUGAAAUAAAAAUUCAUCCUAUUUGUUUUGUAACUCCUUGUUAUAGAUCUCUUUGUGAAAGAAUACUUUCUUUUGUAUUUUAAUGUGACCUUGUAAUGUUUAAACGAACUGUCAUAACUCAUCUCAUCAAAACUUCCAGUGAUAACGGCGUCCCUCAGGUGACAUAGUCCAAACUUCUCCAAUUAUUUAUUCUGCUUAAACCCCACCCAAUUGACUGCAAACUCGCAUUCAUUUCUGAAUGCAAUGGCCUCAUCUCAAAAUCCAUUCAACAACUGAUGAACAGAACCAAGUCCCUGCCCUAUAUUUAUUUCUGAUAAUCCGUUACACUUAAAUGUGCUUCACUAAAAGGAAAAAAGUACUUUGUUAGUAGUCACAUUUAAUUACGACUUUAAAGGGCCUUAGAUAGAUCUAUCACGUUAGCAGCUUGACACUGCUGACAUGGUCAAAUCUGUUCUGAAGUCUCUAGCUCUCUUUGUUGCUUUGCACAGAUGAUGCUCUCCCCUCCCCUGACCCCGAGCCAGGCCCACCAAGCCUGGGUGAUGUGAUUGAUGCAGUGAAGGCAGCUUUCGAGCAUGCGGUACAGAUCUCGACAACCGGCGCCGUACGUGAAGCCUUGGAGCAUGUUGUAGGGGAACUCACACCACAGAAGACUCCGGCAGAGCAGUCACCGGCAGUAGACAACGUAGCAGAUCAUACAAUUGAAGAAGCAGAUGAAGAGGAGGCAGUGGUGCUCAAUGAAGGAGAACCAGAUGUGCUUAUGUCAGAAUCAAAUGAACAAACAUACGAGGAAACUGCUCAAAAAGGGCUGGCCCAAGAUCUAGAGCCUGCAGAGGUGAUUCAAGGACUAAUAGCUCAGGAGGAGUCAUCAAUUUCAGAGCCAGAACAGAAAUCAGUUAUAAAACCAGUGGACCUAGAGGCAAUUCAGGAACCAGUAGAAUCAGUUUUGCAAGACCCUGAGAUUGUUGGAGUGGGUGAACCAAUGACUGAGGAAAGCCAGUCAGAGGAAUCAUUAUAUACUGAUACACAAAUGGAAAAUGAAUCAGGAAGAGGAGCUGCUGAAAUGAACAAGGGAGUCAAAGAGGUUGAAGAAGGUGCAGGAGAGCCAGGGCAGGGAUUCAUUGAGGACAAGGGAAAAAUAGUGGAAGAAGAGGUGACAAUUGGUGAAAAAGUAGAAAUACCACAGAAAGAAGAAUCUGUGGAAAGGCAAGAAGGGGAUACAAAAUCAGAGAAGAUUAGUGAAGAGGAAUGGCAGGCAGUAACAGCACAGAUGGGUACAGAUGGUGGUCUGCCUGAUAUGGAUGAAGUAAGACAGGAAGAGGAAAAGCAGGAAGCAGCAAAGACUGAAGAAAGUGUGAUUGAAAGUGUGAUUGAAGUUGAAGCCAGGAGAGAGGAGGUAGAGGCUGAAUCUGAGGCACUACUUCAGAAGGUUUCAAGAGAGGAGGAAGUUCUUCCAACCGACAAAACUGUACCAGAGAAAACUCAACAGGAACCAGAGGUCACCGUGGAUACUAAGGGAGCAAUUACGUUGCAGGAGCCUGUUAUUACGAAGUCUAAAGCAACAGGCGGUAAAACACAUGAGGCCAGUGAUGUAAAUGAGAUUAUCACCUCCAGGGACCCGAAUGAAAAUGAUCAGGGCGAACCGGUGUUGAUGAAUACUAUUGAGGAGCUUCCACCAACACCUAUUCUCAAACUGAGGCUCGGAGACACUGAUGCACCAAUGGAGGAACACGUAGAAUCUACACAGACCAAAGCCAUAGGGCAGGAGGCUUGGAAGAUAGGAGCCAUAGCAGCAGCUUUCUUUCUCAUUCUGCAAACUGCUGUCACCGUAGUCUACAUUCUGAAGUGCAGGAGAAAGCCAAACAGCAGCGGUGUGGCCCCAAAGAACCUGUGUGCAGGAGGAAACGGGGGUAUAGAAUGUGACGCAAACAACACAGAUACCACCAUUCCAAUUGAUGAACAAACUACUGUAGACGACCUUCCAGAGUACUCGCAGGUCCAGCAAGAGGACGUUGCUAUGACAACUGUCCCCCUGGAUUCCACAGAGAAGAAUUCGUCCUAUGACCCCAGAACCUCUGCUGUUUAGCACUGCUGACCUUAAGGAGUGUGAUUCUAGAUGUCCAAGUGUGUGUGUGUGUGUGUGUGUAAAUGAUUGAGUGCCUGUUAUGAAUGUGUGUGUAUGUGUAUUGAACAGUCUGGUUAACCUUGACAGAAAAUGUCACUGUAUUAUUCACUGUACAAUGACAUAUUUUUUGCACAGCAAAAAAUAGUAUCUUCUUUCAGUACAAUAUCUAAACAAGUCACUUUGGAGACUCAUUUAUUUGAGAAGCGAAAUGAUAUGAGAUCAAGUAAAAAGAAAAAAAAGAAAUAAGAAACAAGAAAUAAUAACUUGUUUUCCCUUUAAAUUAAGUUCAUUUUUCUGACCCCAGUUUACUUUUUUCAGAAAACAAGACUUAAUAUCUUAUGUCAUUUUCCUUCUCAAGUAAAUGUAUCUUGAUUUAAGAAAUAAUUACAUACAUGUACUGGAAAACAAGACAAAAAUAUUAGGAAAAGCCGUGUGUGAAAAAGCAGAGUAGAUCUGACUAUUGCAUGUACCCAAGGAUAAAAAGUAUACAUUUUUGGGCUGGUUUUUCAGCUAAAAUAUCUAUAUUCUGAAGAAAAAAAGUUACAUUUACUAGAAAAGCAAAACUGCAUAAAAUAUUAAGACUUGUUUCCAGAGAAUAUACUUAGAAUUGAGUUUUUAUCAAAACAUCUAAAGACAAUUUGCCCAUGGGGUGAGAUAAAUAAACUAGUUCAAUAUUUAUAUUGUGAAAAUCAAGUCUUAUCAUGCUUCUCAAGUAUAUUUAUCUUGUUUUAAGACUGUUUAGAUAUUUUUACUGAAAAACAAGACAAAAAAAGAAAAUGAUUAAGAUUAAAAACUGAUUUGUCUUGACGAAGCCAAACAAUAGCUAUUACAAUAGCUAUACUAUUUCCAUUUACUUGUAAAUGUAUGUCCAAUUCCAUAGAAAACUUGUGUAAGAUUAGCAUUUUUACUAAUUAAAAUGUAUUACUUUGAAAGUUCCCGGAAUUAAAAACAAUUCAAAUGUUA